AUGCAGUCGCAACAGAAAUUUGCUAGACUGUUCCAGGAGAAGCCUGAACUACAGCAGCUCGUGCUGGACCUGAAGAGCGCGUUGGAGAAGGAAGGGGUGGAUGUACAGGGGAACGCCAUGCCCUCUAAGCUUGAGAUCUUCAAGAUCAUUAUGAAGCCCAAUGUUCGGGAUGCGGUCAUGAAGGUGUCUGCGGCGUUCCAGGAGGCAGGCAUUAACCCCAAGGAAAUGAUGGAAGAGCUCAUGGCCAUGCAGAAAUAUCUCGGAUCCAAAUAA